UCCCCAUCGUCAGCAACAGCAACGCAGUCACCAGAUAUAAACUGUGGGCGGCCGUCAACACAGCUUUGUGGGCUCGGCGACUGCGCAUCUGCACAGCUCGCUAAACCUUUUGCUUUUGCAAUGCAGGUUAGUCAACCAUACGCUCUCUUUGCUAAAAAAUCUAGCAAUUAUUUCCUGAUGCAGUUGCCGAGUCCGCACUGCUGUGCCGCCAUUGCUGUCGAAUGUGCUCAUAUUAUUCAUGCCUUGCUGAUUUUGGCCGGUGAUGUGGAAACAAACCCGGGUCCUAACAUUCCUGAAAACCUACUAACCGAAUUGCGAAAACUAACCCCCGGUCAGAACCAGCUGAUCACUGAAAUCCAUGGUCUUAAGUCGCAACUUACUUCUACCGAUAAAGCAAUUACUGAUCUAAGCAAACGAAUGAAUGAUCUUGAGAGUCACUACCAGACGCUUUUGCCCAUUCGCAACGAAGUGGAUGCAAUGCGCACCACGACAGAACAGGCUAUUUUUCGCAUUUCCGAGCUCGAAGCACGUAUCGACGAUGCUGAAAAUCGCUCACGGCGGGACAACUUAAUUUUUUACGGCAUUCCUGACCCUUCCAGCUCGGAAACCACUGCCGACUCCGAAAGGUUGAUUGUGGAACUUUGCCGCGAUAGGUUGCAACUAACCAUCGACCCAAAAGAAAUAGAACGUGCACAUCGCAUCGGUCGUCACUCCGCCAAUCACUCUCGCCCCCUGAUAGCAAAAUUUACUUUCCAUAAAACCAAAGUUAACAUCCUUUCGAGUGGCCGAAAGCUUAAGGGCACUGACUACAGUAUUAGCGAGGACUUUUCGCGAUCAGUACGAAAUGCCCGAAAACAUCUCGUUGCUUUCGCAAAAGGUAAAGGCGCCCCGUUUUCACUCCGCUUUAAGACUUUGUUCAUCGGUUCCAGAAGAUACACCUUUGAUGCCGCCUCGAGUAGUGUCAAAGAGUUGUCAUAG